CGAUACAGCCGCACCGAUUCGAGGCUGAUGGACAAAACGUUUCCCCAUAGAAGAUCAACUUAAUGCAAAGAAUUAGCAAAACGAGCAGACAUGAAGGUGCACUCGAUUAUUUUGGUAAUGCUCAACAUUUAUGAUGUUGUACACACUGCAACUCCAGAAGAUUCCUGUCUUUUGUUUAGAGAGGAUCAAAGCGAUUUCAAAAGAGAAGUCAAUCUUAAGAUUCAACUAUUAGAUGACAAAAUCAGUAAAGUAUUGGACAUAUUGGGCGAAGUAACGUGGGGAGACUGGGGCGAAUGGAGUGCAUGCGAUAUGAGCGUUUGCAACAUUGCACACAGAGAAAGGCCGUGCCUGGGGGAAGAUGGUUAUAAGUCUGACCCUUCAAGAUGCAGCAGACUCGGAGGAGACCAUAUUGAAACUAAACAGUGUUGUGAUAUUGAUGUAGCGAAGGCAUAUAAAAGGAUGUACUCUGGCAAAGGUUCAGUACCAGAUUACAUCAUUGAGGCUAUUGGCUCAAAUAUUAAAGUGAACGAGAGAGAAGAUCUAUCAUGGGCAGUUUCUCUCAAGUUUAAGAGAUUUGGUGCAAGUAAUUACAAGCAUAUAUGUGGAGGAGUUAUUCUGACUAACAUUUGGGUGCUAACAGCUGCUCAUUGUAUCACUGAAACUAAAUGUUGGGACAACACUGAGAAAAAAAUAAUAUGUGAUAUGGACCACUGGACGGUAACUGCAGGUGAAUGGGAACUCGAUAAAACUAGAAGCGAAGAACAAAUAAGGGGUUUGGAACACAUAGUUAUCCACAAAAAUUACUCCGUAGACUACUCGAGGGAAAUUGAAUACAUACAUGACAUAGCACUUAUCAGACUGAAUAGUACCCUGUCGUUUAUGUCCAAUCCGUUUGUUCAGCCGAGUCUUCUCCCUGCUAGAACGUGUAUUGAAGCCAUGGGAAAUGAAUGCUCACAAACGCACCAAGACUGGGCAUUGAGGACUGAUUGUUUCACGACUGGCUGGGGAAUAGGUAAAAAUCAACAGGUGACCAACAAAGGGAAUACGAUAGGGGUACUAAUCGACGAAAACGAAAACUAUGAAAUAAUAAGAUCAUCCAAGAUCUACGAAGAGAAAAAAAUAAUUUGUAAGGGAUUCAGCGGAAGCCCGAUGAUGUGUGAUAUUAAUAAUUCUAUGAUGGUGAAUCAUCUACCAAACCAGAAAAAAGUUGUUCUUGGUCUGAACAGCUAUAUAUAUCCAUCCGGAUGUACCAGUGCACACAAGAACUACGUACAAACAUCUAUUGAUUAUCACCUACAGUGGAUCUCGCAUACUGUCAUGGAUUGGAUCCAAUGGGGCCAAUGGAGCACAUGUUUCAAGAAUAAAAAGCGAUAUAGAUUGAGAUCUGGAUUUUUUCCUGAAUAUGGCUACCUACCAGGCCAUGGACCACUUUAUCAGAGUUACCAAGGGGAUGUAUUAAGAGGAGAAGAGCAGACCUGCACAGAAAUAAAUGUAGACAAGUGUCAUUCAGAACCCUGUAAGAACGAGGGCACUUGUAUUGACAAAGGAAACAGCUAUAAAUGUAGAUGCAAAACUGGAUAUACUGGAGUCAAUUGUCAGACAGGUAUCGACAAGUGUCUUUCAAACCCCUGUAAGAACGAGGGCACUUGCGUUGACAGAAGAAACAACUAUAAGUGUAGAUGCAAGGCUGGAUAUACUGGAAUCAAUUGUCAGACAGAUAUAAACGAGUGUGAGCAAAGUCCCUGUCAGAACGAGGGGACUUGUGUUGAUAAAGUAAACAGCUACACAUGUAAUUGCAAGGCUGGUUAUGCUGGAAUCAAUUGUCAGACAGAUAUAAACGAGUGUGAGCCAAAUCCCUGUCAGAACGAGGGUACUUGUGUUGACAAAGUGAACACCUAUACGUGUAAUUGCAUAGCUGGAUAUACUGGAAUCAAUUGUGAGACAGAUAUAAACGACUGUGAGCCAAAUCCCUGUCAGAAUGAGGGCACUUGUGUUGACAGUGUGGACAGCUAUACGUGUAAUUGUAAAGCUGGAUAUACUGGAAUCAAUUGUCAGACAGAUAUAAACGACUGUGAGCCAAAUCCCUGUCAGAAUGAGGGCACUUGUGUUGACAGUGUGGACAGCUAUACGUGUAAUUGCAAAGCUGGAUAUACUGGAAUCAACUGUCAGACAGAUAUAAACGAGUGUGAGCAAAGUCCCUGUCAGAACGAGGGUACUUGUGUUGACAAAGUGAACAGCUAUACGUGCACCUGUAAGGCUGGAUAUACUGGAAACAAUUGUCAGACAGAUAUAAACGAGUGUGAGCCUAAUCCCUGUCAGAAUGAGGGCACUUGUGUUGACAAAGUGAACACCUAUACGUGUAAUUGCAAGGCUGGUUAUGCUGGAAUCAAUUGUCAGACAGUAAUAAACCAGUGUGAGCCAAACCCGUGUCAGAACGAGGGCACUUGUGUUGACAAAGUGGACAGCUAUACGUGUAAUUGCAUAGCUGGAUAUACUGGAAUCAAUUGUCAGACAGAUAUAAAUGAGUGUGGGCCAAAUCCCUGUCAAAAUGAGGGUACUUGUGUUGACAAAGUGAACAGCUAUACGUGUAAUUGCAAAGUUGGAUACAGUGGUAUAAAUUGUCAGACAGAUAUAAACGAGUGUAAGCCAAAUCCCUGUCAUAAUGAGGGUACUUGUGUUGACAAAGUGAACAGCUAUACGUGUAAUUGCAAAGCUGGAUACAGUGGUAUCAAUUGUCAGACAGAUAUAAACGAGUGUGAGCCAAAUCCCUGUCAUAAUGAGGGUACUUGUGUUGACAAAGUGAACAGCUAUACGUGUAAUUGCAAAGCUGGAUACAGUGGUAUCAAUUGUCAGACAGUUACAGAUAUAAACGCGUGUGAGUCAAAUCCCUGUCAGAACGAGGGCACUUGUGUUGCCACAGUGGACAGCUAUACGUGCAGGUGCAACGGUGCAUUUACUGGAACCAAUUGUCAGACAAUGUCAUGUGGUGUCGAUAUUGUGGUUAUUAUUGAUAUAUCGUGUAGGGUCAUUACCGAAAGAAAGUUAGCCGUAAAUUCGUUCAUGGAGAGCUUUGUUGCUGCCUUGGAUAUUGGACCUGGAGACGACAAAGUCCAGUUAGGGCUGAUGACAUUCGACUCUACAACGUACAGCAAUUUUUAUUUGAGUCGGUAUAAAAACAGUGCGGAUGUGGUUCAAGCACUCAGCUUUGUGGAUAUGCAUUAUGAUAAUAAAUUUCGUCCGAGAUGUGGAUCACGGAUAGAUUUAGCACUUAGGAAUGCAAGACUCACUUAUUUUACACCUGCUCACGGAGUAAGAGAUACAUUAAGAUUAAGGAACCCACCCAUUCAGAAUGUGGUCCUUGUGAUAACAUAUGGUGCUAUACUUCCGUCGUCAAGAGUAGCCAUCACCAAAAUGGAAGCAGAAAGACUUAAAACGGAAUCAUUUGCAAAUGUAUUCGUUGUAAAUUUACCAGACUCCGCGAAUACAAACGGAACUGUUGAAUUCUCUGAUAUUGUGAGUGAGCCAAGUUCGAAGUUCUUGAUGAAUAUCGGGUUCGAUGAAUUACUGGAUUCGUUGGGAACUAUAUUAUUGAAAAUCUGCGAUAUCUAGCUACCGCUGGGAUAACAUCUGACGUUACCUGGACUAUGGGUAAAUACAAUGGUUAUAUCUGUGCGUACGUUUAAGGAGUUUACUAGACUAUUGAAAGCCUUCUAUGUUGUUUAUUAUUAAGUAGAGUAUGUAGAGACAUUGCUUUAUAUCAUUCCGACUUUACCAGGUUCAUUUCUCCCAUUUACUGUACACAAUGGAUAUAAUAGG